AUGAAUUCUCUCAACAUCAUUACUGCUCGUGUCUCUCCCUCCGCAAGCCCCAAUGCUUCUCGAUCCAACAGCCUCGGCAACAUUAGUGCCGGAUUGCUACCUGACGAAAAAUCGACCGACGGAAACGACGGCCAAGAUGAAGCCAAUUCUGAGACGUUCGCGGGCUGCAACUACGACCACGCGCAACAUGGCGACGAAAAGUCGGACUACAUAGCCACCGAGGACACGCCGCUCCUAGAUGGAAGCAAAACUGGCAACAAGCGAGCUAGUUGGUGGCACACAAUACCGCGACGGCUGGUGUCCAGCUUCAUCAGUUCUAUUCGUUGGGUAUUUGCUACUCUGGCCUCUCCCGGAGUCUAUCUGAUUGCCUGCUUCUAUGAUGAGCACGGCGUCUUUGCACCCCUGUCACAAAUGAAGAAGCUAUUUGGCGUCCAGAAAGGAGGAGGGAUGGAUAGCUACCAAUCACACGGAAACCAUACUAAUCACACUGCAUCUCCCGUAUCAGCAAGCUCACAGCCUCGGGCAUACCGCCGCAUCGCGCCGCGUCCUGCGUCAUCAUCUGGAUCGUCAACAUCAGGCCAAUCGUCCGAAUCAGAAGAAGAAGCGUCCAAAAGCUCAACCGGCCGACACGCGAGAUCAAAGUCACUAAACCCUGCAGAUGAGCUCAACUCGGCGCGAAGGUCCAUACGUAUCAAACUCCACAAUGAUGAUGCUCUCCGGCAGCGCAAGCAGCACCGCCGUGCCCAGUCUGCUGUGGCCAGGACCAAGGCGAGCGAAGAAGAACUUUCUGCGCAACUCAAGUCCCCAACGUCGCCCAUUGCAGCCUUGACCAAGUAUCCGAAGACGCCGGCCCCCCCUCGACCAUUGAUACCUCGACGCCAACCAUCAUACCUCAAACUCGAUGCGUCUGCAAAGCACCAAAAAACAUUGAUUCUGGACCUUGACGAAACAUUGAUUCACAGCAUGUCCAAGGGAGGCAGGAGUAGUGGCCACAUGGUAGAAGUGAGACUGAACACUGCAUCCCUGGGAAUGGGCAAUGCUCCUGGUGGCGCGGCGCAGCAUCCCAUCUUGUAUUGGGUCAACAAGCGGCCGUAUUGUGACGAGUUUUUGCGGCGAAUCUGCAAGUGGUUCAACCUGGUCAUCUUCACGGCGUCGGUACAAGAAUAUGCCGAUCCGGUGAUUGACUGGUUGGAAGCGGAGCGAAAGUACUUCUCUGCCCGAUACUAUCGCCAGCACUGUACAUAUCGUCAAGGCGCAUACAUCAAAGACCUUAGCUCAGUGGAACCAGACUUGAGUAAAGUCAUGAUUCUGGAUAACAGCCCGCUGAGCUAUCUCUUUCACGAAGGCAAGUCCAAGAAAUAA